CCCUCAAAUACUUUAGCAUUUAUUCUUUAUAAUGUUGGGAUUAAUCCGGAUGUUGAGCAAUGUAUCCUUGAUGAGAUUGAAAAGGUAUUUUAUUGUCGAUCUGAUUUUAAGAUUACCUAUGAAGAUUUGAAUAAACUUGUAUAUGUUGAAGCUGUAAUAAAAGAAGUGUUAAGAAUCAGGCCAGUUACAUCAACGAUUUCGCGUUUCUUAGAACAUUCCGAUCAAUUUGAUGAAUAUAAUAUUCCAUCAUCAACACAAUUGGCGAUAAAUAUUGUGAGUUUACAUAAGAAUCAAAAUUACUGGAAAGAACCUACUAAAUUCAAUCCCUCGAGAUUUUUAGCUAGUAGCAAUAACGAUGAAACUUAUAAUAAAGGUACCCUCAUGAACUUUGGUGGUGGGUUGC